CAGUUUUUUAUAUACUGUCUAUGAGUUUUCCAGUAUAGUUUGCGCUCUUAGCUCUCAUUAUUUUAACGUUUUCGAUGGAGUAUGGCUUCGUUGACUGUCACUGUCAUAUAUCGGCCCGUGAGUUUGAAGAGGAUCUAGAGGAUGUGAUCCAAAGGACCAGGGAGGCUGGGGUAAAGACUUUGGUUGCAGUUACAGAAGAAGCCAGAGAGUUUGACAGAGUUCUCCAGCUGCAGGAACGUUAUCCGGAUCUGGUGGCUCCAUGUUUCGGCAUCCAUCCGCUGCAGGGUGGCGAGGGCCCCGCGCAGCGCAGCGUGAAGCCUCAGGAGCUGGCUGCUGCCCUUCCACAAUUCUUCAAACACAGGGAACGCCUCGUCGCUAUCGGAGAGAUUGGUUUAGACUUCACGCCGUGGUGUGCUCCCACUCAGCAGGACCGAGACGGCCAGAUAUACGUCUUCGUUAAGCAGCUAAACAUCGCCAAGAAGCUUGACCUGCCUGUGAACGUCCACUCCCGAUCAGCUGCGAAGGUCGUCAUAGCGACCAUGAGAGAACAAGGUGUCAGUCGGGCUCUGCUUCAUAACUUUGCGGGGAAGCCGGCGGUAGCUCUGGAGGGCGUGAAGGCCGGAUUCCUGUUCUCCUUUCCCCCCGCUGUCUGCAGGAACCAACAGAGAGACAAACUGAUCAAGCAGAUCCCGCUGGAACACAUCUGUCUCGAAACUGACUCUCCUGCACUGGGGCUCGACAAGCAUGUGAGGAACGAGCCCUGUAACAUCGUUCUGUCCUGCCGGUACAUCGCUGACAUCAAAGGUUACGAGAACAAGAAGAGGAAGUUACAGUUACACCACAAAGAUGCCCCAACCCUGACGUGUGUGGUGUAUGAAGAUAGCAGUUUCUGGCUAGAGACAGACGAGGACACCGCCCUGCAAGAAGAGGAUAAGAAAGUGCAGAACGGGGCUCACAACUUGACCGAGACUUUGCUGACCUGAGCUCCGUACACUCGUGUCUGAAGCUAGGGAAACUUAGUGUCAUUUGUGAACCCACAUAUGUGUUGUAAACUUAACUGCUGGACUUAAUAAACUUUGCUUGACUUGAA